AUGGCCUCACCAUCUGAGCCAUGGACAUUAGUCCAACACACAAUUCCUGCAUUUCAAUCACGCGCUUAUCGACGCGCUGUGCGCGACCCCAACACCUCCAGACUCUAUCUACAUGUAAAUGAAUACCGCAUCACAAAUACCACAGCAACAACCACCACCGAACCCAAAGGAAUCACAAUAAUAUUCGCCCACGGCCUAGAAUCUACAAAGGAGCAAUACGAGCCAUUUUUUAGCGACUUACUCAAAACCGUCCGUCCAGGAACCGCCAUCAAGGCCAUUUUUGCCGCCGAUGUGUACAACCAUGGACAAUCAUUUCUGCUCAAUAGGCACGAAAUCGGGGAUGAGGCGGAAUGGUUCGACCCGGCUCGCGAUAUUGUGCAGAUGGUUAAUCAUUUCAGAUCUCAAGAAGAUGGUAGCAGCAGUAGAGCGUACAUGGCACCGCCAUUGGUUGGCAUGGGACAGUCCUUCGGCGCCGUCCAUGUCCUGGCUCCAGCAGCCUGGCAUCCCCGUUUCUUCCACGCCUUGGUCUGUAUUGAGCCCGUCGUCGAAAAUGGAUCAUGGCAUGACGAUGGCGAGGCCACUCGGCACUCUACUCAAUUCAAAUACCGACUACAUCAAUUGAAGCAUUCAUGGGAAAAUAUGGCCGCGGCCAGAGAAUAUUUCGCCAAAUCUCCAUACUACGGCGCAUUUGAGGCACGAGUCUUUGAGAAGACGAUUAAGUAUGAGCUGUGGCGUCCAGAUCCGAUAAGUGAGCGCGUCACGCUGGUAACACCGAUAUUGCAGCGGUUGGUGUGGUAUAUGAAAGCGGAUCCGCCGUAUGAAGGUAUUGCACCGUCAGAGGAUUGGGCUACUCGGUCCGAAAAGAGCAAAUUACCAGGCGGAUUCUACAGAGCUGAAUGCGACAAGCUCAAAGAUCUCAUGCAGAGUAUACAUUGCAAGACAUUGUAUCUCUGGAGCAGGAAUGCGGAUUUUGUUAGUGAUGCUGGGUAUCGGAAGAGGUUAUUCGAUUGUACAGGUACAGGACGAGGUGGAGGCGGCGGUAGGGCGACGGGGCAGGUUACGGAAGCCUUUGUGGAGAAGGGGAAUCAUGCGUUGAAUUUUGAGAAUCCGUAUGGAACGGCUGUGCAGGUGGCCAAGUAUCUGGAUAGUAUAUGGCCGGAUUGGCUUGAACAAGAGACUCAAAGGACACAGGAGCCCGUGCCGAGUGCGAUUGAGUUGCCCAAGCAGCUGGUGGAGAGACUGGACAGAUAUCUUCUCGAGAGUAAAAAGAAUGGAAAGAAACGAAGCAACUUAUAG